AUGUCACUGUCAUCCUGUUGUGUGGUCCAGUCUCAAAAUGAGGCCAGUGCGACAGAUGCAGAUACAGCGGCUGAGUUUCUGAGCAAGUUUCAAUCCAAGCAUGCAGAAGUGGCAAAGUUGGUGGCGGAGGAGGAAGACAUGCUGUUGACCUUGUCCUUCUUCUUAGAAAAGAUGCGCUUCGAAGCGGGUCUUGGAGCAGGACACCUGGAGGCAGCCACACCGGAUUCCCAGCCGGAGCGACAAGUCUCCGUCAGCAGCGACCAGCGCGCACUGCAUUCCGUGCAGUUUUCCAAGAGGGUCAGUGAGAAGCCCGCGCCCAGCGAUGAUCAUCUUCAUCAUCUCCACCAUCUCCACCCGGAUGCCGAUUCCUCGGGCAUGAAGCCCACUCGAUCGCGACCCAUCCCUGCCUCGCUCGGCAGCUUGUCCCCAAGCGCGUCACCUUCGCCCCAAAAAAGCCGCAAUGGCCGAGCUCAUGGGGACUCGUCCAAGGGAAGUUCCAUCGCGAGAUUUCCGGAUAGCGUUGGUAACAUGUACUCCAUCAACGGCUUGGGAGAUGCAGGGCGUGAGAUGCGGAGCUCAUUUGUAGACAUGGUGAAUUCUCUCCAAUAUUCUCAAAACCCGUCCUGCUGCGGACGCUUCUUUGGGAAUGCACUCCUUUCCAUCUCUGGCUUCUUUGACAUGCUCUAUACGCUGAAGGAACCUCAUCGGAAAGGCUGCUUGGCCAACUUUGUCGGCAGCCAGAUCUUUGGACUGCUGUCCACCAUUGUGAUUUUGACCAAUGCAGUCUUUAUCUUCUUCGCGACCGACUAUGAGAUGCAGAAUAUUGGCGGCUCAACCCCCAUGUUCUUCAGGGUUACGGAUCUGGUUCUAUCCUCUUGUUAUGUCCUGGAAGUCGGCUUGAAACUGGUGGUGCACCGGGGCUUCUUCUUUUGGAACUCAGAAUGGGCCUGGAACGGCUUCGACUUUCUCCUGGUGCUUUUCUCCAUCGUCGAGAACCUCUUGGCCUCUGAAGUGCUCUUCGCCAGUCAACGCAGCAGUGAUCCAGUGAACUUGGGCUUCCUGAGACUCUUGCGAUUGUGCAAGAUCGUCAAGAUCCUGCGGAUCUUUCGCACACUGAGGGUCUUCAGCGAACUGCGCUUGAUGCUGGAUUGCGUGCUGGGAUCCCUGUUGAAUUGCAUGUGGUGUAUCGUCAUGCUGAUCUUUGUGAUGUAUAUCUUUGCGCUCUUGGUGCAACAGACCCUGGUUGGCUUCCUUCAAGAGGAAGGCGACGAGAGGACUCCAGAGGAGAUCGGCUUGCUCUAUCAGUACUUUGGGUCUGUCCAAAUCACCCUGAUCACGCUUUUCCAAGCGAUUACAUCUGGAGUUGAUUGGCAUGUUCCUUACGAGGUUCUUUUGAUUUCCGGGUCAAUACUUCCAGCAGCCUUCGUUUUUUAUGUGGCUUUUGUUUUCAUUUCGGUCUGGAAUAUCGUCACCAGUACCUUUGUGGAAAAGGCCUUGAAGUUAGCGCAGCCGGACAUCGAUCUGCUGGUGGUGGAGCAGCAGUUGAGAGACUUUGAAGAUACCCAAAUGUUGGCCCAGCUUUUUGCGGAUAUGCUGCAGACCGAUGAAGAGGGAGAACAUAAAGUUGGCCUCAAGGAGUUUCAGAAUCUGCUGGAAACCUAUCAAUUUAGAUCCUACCUACAGACCAGGGGAAUUGAUAUCAAAAAUGCCGAGACAUUCUUCAAGAUGCUGGUGGAACUGCAGGGAGAGCCAACCAUCGAUGCAAUCACCUUUGCGAAUGCAUGUGUUCGCAUGAAGGGGGCAGCAACAAGUAUAGACCUUCAGACGGUGAUGUUCACUACGCACCUGAUGAACAAGGAACAGAGAAGAGCUUUUCAAUUCAUGUACAACCGUUUGCAGAAGAUUGAGUCAAUGCUCACUGGCGGCAACUGGUCCGAAUCUGUGGCAUCACCCACAGGUGUUUCGCUGUCACGGGGCCAGAGCACUGUGAGCCGGGAAUUUUGA